AUGCAGAACCCGCCAAAGGAUCACCAGUGUACCCCGAGAUGCCUGAUCUGCGGAGGCAACCACGCCACCGGAUCGAGGGAAUGCCAAGACCGACUAAAGAAAGCCAGGGACGUGCGAGGCAUGGCCAACGGCGGCAACAACGGCGGCGGACGCGAGAGCAGACGUCGCAGCCGGGACGACCACGGCAAGAAGCCGAGAUGGUUCAGCUCGGAGGGGGAGACUUCGCGGAGCCGUUCGAGAUCCCGGGCGUCGCGGAGCCGUUCACGGAGCCGGUCACGGUCCUUCCCGCCCCUGCCGCCCCUGGCCAUUAAGGGAGGGAGCCAGCUGCAGCAGCAGCAGCAGAGGAAGAAGACGAAGAAGGAGCCUACCCGAAAGAGCGGCGGCGUCAAGGUGAGCUGGGGAGCCGAAAGCCCUUGGUUUGCUCCGCACUCGGGUGGGGUAGCUAACAAAAAGAACAACACAAACAGCAACCGCGAACAGCCUAGACAGGAGGACGCGGAGAAAAUAGCGCUUAGACGCGAAUUAGAGCUGUCACGCGCUAGGCAGAAAGAUCUGGAACGCCGAAUAGCAGAGCUAACGAAGGCAGUGCGAGACCUUGGGUCGAACAGCCCUCCGCAGCCACAGACCGUACAAACCCAAGCCCCAUGGCAAGCAGGCAACGAGGAUUUCGCCACGCUUAAAGCAGAGAUUCAGCAAAUGAUGCAGCAGAUGAUGCAGCAACAGCAGCAACAAAUGCAGCAAGUGCAAUUACAAGUCACAGAGCUCCGAAGCAGCAUCCGCAAGCAGAAGUUUACCGAGAACAUUAGAGAGAAGGCCUACCACCGCUCCGCGCUGGCAUCCCUCGCCGACACAUCCGCAAACAACACCGAGGCUUAA